AGUUUGUGUACAGCAGCGCUCGAGUGCGUUACAUUUGAAAACAAAGAUAUAAAAGCCAUUAAUAUUUAAUUCGAGAAAAACGAAUUACGAACAUAAACAGAAAACAAAGCAAAAAAGUUGAAUCGUAGUUUAUUAGAUUUUUGGCAAUUUCUAGUAUUUCAAUUUACCGUGCGCACCAACAGUGCGACAGCUGUUACUUUAACUCAAUUAACGAUCACCGAACAACGAAAACAAAAUACUCCCCUCGUCCCCCAGUUAAGUUCCCCCAGUUCGCAAUCAGCCCCAGCUCACCCACAAAUUGAAAUCGCUCGCAUUGUGUUGCUGCAGCUGCUGUUGUUGCUGUUGUGCUUUUUUGGCAACGUCUAACGCAGAUGUUUUGAAAGUCCUGCCGCACAGGCGGUAAAAGCAACAAGGACUGUUUGCCUUUGAAACGGUUAGCCCGGCGCUAACUGAAAGUUUUUUAUUGUGCAAAACAAAGUUGAAAAAGUUGAAAGUUGAAACAGACAACGGAGGCGCAGACUAAAGCCUGUGGGUUGGCUUUCGUAGCAAGUACAGAUAUAAGAAGCCGAAGAUUACGGGUCCUUGUGCACCGCUGCGGAUAAUACGUACGCUCACCAUGGCUGGCAAUAUCGAGCAGCGACCCUGGACGCCCACCGUGCGUACGCGUCGAAUUGCGGCGGAGACGAGCAAUCCGGGACCGGCUAUUGUGCAGCUACCCACGCUGAUUGGCAGCAAAGUGCCGGACUCCAAAAAGAAGGGCGCACCGGCAUAUUCCUUUGGCCAUAAGGCGGCCACCAAGGAUGAAACGACGGGUCCCGGCCCCGCCCAGUACAAUGUGUCGGGCAUGGUGCCCAGAGGCAAGGAGUGCCCUCAUGCAGCCACACUUCAAAGUCGUCCCAAGGAGCUGACGCGUUUUGUUAAUCCGGGCCCGGGCGAAUAUGACGUGAUGAAUGCAUCGAAGGCCGUCAUCGAUGCCACGCCCAAAUACACAUUCGGCAAGAGGCCGCCCCAUGCCAAGUACCAGCUGAUACCGGGUCCCAACCAUUAUCAAGUGGUGCCGCUUGAUGUCAUUAAGCCGCGUGCGCCUCGAUAUUCCUUUCGCAUUAAGGUUAACGUUUACCUAGUUAACAAUCCAGCGCCAAAUAGCUAUUGUCCUGAAAAGGUCACGCAAUCAAGAAAGAAUUCGCCACGUUUCACAUUUGGUAGACGAACUAAAAUCCAACACGAUCAGCAUACACCAGCUCCUGGCGCCUAUUCUCCCGAGAAGGUGAAACUCAGCAAGACACCAGAGUUCAGUUUUGGCAUCAAACAUCACGAGCUGCGACCUGACUACACGCCAGCACCCGGUACUUACAAACCCGAGCAAACAGUUCUAGAUCAUACACCCGCCUAUAGUUUUGGUCUGAAGACGAAGCACAUUCAGCACAACGAUUCUCCAGCACCUGGUACGUACAGUCCAGAAAAGUCAAAAUUGCAUUCAGCACCCGCUUUUAGUAUUGCCGGUAAAUCUAAUCACGAUGUUGUGGAUGCUACGCCUGCACCCGGCGCAUACGAGCCAGAAAAAUGCGUCCUAGGUAAAACUCCUGCCUUUAGCUUUGGUCAACGUGUCCAGGUCAGCAAGUCACAAGAUACACCUGCACCCGGCACCUAUCAGCCGGAGAAAGUGCGCUUGGACAAUGCGCCAGCCUACACACUCUCUGGACGACAUGAAUUGAAAUCCGUUAGCACUACCCCAGCGCCAGGCUCGUAUGCCCCAGAAAAAUAUCGCAGCGACCACACGCCAGCGUUUAGUUUCGCUGGUAAGCAUGAGCAUCACAUUGAAAACACAACACCAGCACCAGGCGACUACAGUCCUGAAAAAGUACGGCACGAUCAUAAUCCUGCUUAUUCAUUUGCCGGACGGCACGAAACACCGAAGACUAGCGAAACACCAGCACCUUGCGCCUAUGAGACAGAAAAGGUUCGACUAGACCACAGUCCCGCUUUCUCCUUUGCCGGCCGUCAUGAUCUUCACAGGCAAAGUGAUACUCCUGCUCCUGGAGCGUACUCUCCCGAAAAAGUCCGUCAGGAUCACAAUCCUGCCUUCUCCAUAGCUGGAAAGCAUGAAGUGAAGAUCUCAAAUGAUACACCGGCACCCGGUGAUUACUCACCAGAGAAAACCCGAUUGGAUCACACACCCGCUUAUACCUUUGGUGGCAAGAAUGAUCCCAAGGUCGAGAACCACACCCCCGCCCCUGGUGAUUACCACCCCGAAAAAGUCAGACUAGACCAUAAUCCCGCCUAUUCUUUCGCUGGCCGCCAUGAUCUUCACAAACCAAGCGAUACUCCUGCUCCUGGAGCGUACUCUCCCGAAAAAGUCCGUCAGGAUCACAAUCCUGCCUUCUCCAUAGCUGGAAAGCAUGAAGUGAAGGUCACAAAUGAUACACCGGCGCCCGGUGAUUACUCACCAGAGAAAACCCGAUUGGAUCACACACCCGCUUAUACCUUUGGUGGCAAGAAUGAUCCCAAGGUCGAGAACCACACCCCCGCCCCUGGUGAUUACCACCCUGAAAAAGUCAGACUAGACCAUAAUCCCGCCUUUUCUUUCGCUGGCCGCCAUGAUCUUCACAAACCAAGCGAUACUCCUGCUCCUGGAGCCUAUUCCCCAGAGAAAGUUCGGCUAGACCACAAUCCUGCCUUUUCCAUAGCUGGAAAGCAUGAAGUGAAGAUCUCAAAUGAUACACCGGCGCCCGGUGAUUACUCACCAGAAAAAACCCGAUUGGAUCACACACCCGCUUAUACCUUUGGUGGCAAGAAUGAUCCCAAGGUCGAGAACCACACCCCCGCCCCUGGUGAUUACCACCCUGAAAAAGUCAGACUAGACCAUAAUCCCGCCUUUUCUUUCGCUGGCCGCCAUGAUCUUCACAAGCAAAGUGAUACUCCUGCUCCUGGAGCGUACUCUCCCGAAAAAGUCCGUCAGGAUCACAAUCCUGCCUUCUCCAUAGCUGGAAAGCAUGAAGUGAAGAUCUCAAAUGAUACACCGGCGCCCGGUGAUUACUCACCAGAGAAAACCCGAUUGGAUCACACACCCGCUUAUACCUUUGGUGGCAAGAAUGAUCCCAAGGUCGAGAACCACACCCCCGCCCCUGGUGAUUACCACCCUGAAAAAGUCAGACUAGACCAUAAUCCCGCCUUUUCUUUCGCUGGCCGCCAUGAUCUUCACAAACCAAGCGAUACUCCUGCUCCUGGAGCCUAUUCCCCAGAGAAAGUUCGGCUAGACCACAAUCCUGCCUUUUCCAUAGCUGGAAAGCAUGAAGUGAAGAUCUCAAAUGAUACACCGGCGCCCGGUGAUUACUCACCAGAAAAAACCCGAUUGGAUCACACACCCGCUUAUACCUUUGGUGGCAAGAAUGAUCCCAAGGUCGAGAACCACACCCCCGCCCCUGGUGAUUACCACCCUGAAAAAGUCAGACUAGACCAUAAUCCCGCCUUUUCUUUCGCUGGCCGCCAUGAUCUUCACAAGCAAAGUGAUACUCCUGCUCCUGGAGCGUACUCUCCCGAAAAAGUCCGUCAGGAUCACAGUCCUGCCUUUUCCAUAGCUGGCAAGCAUGAAGUGAAGAUCUUAAAUGGUACGCCGGCACCUGGAGACUAUUCGCCGGAGAAGACUCGACUGGAUCACACACCCGCUUACACAUUUGGUGGCAAAUAUGACCCCAAGGUGGAAAAUCAUCAUCCAGCGCCAUGCGAUUAUUCUCCUGAAAAAGUUCGGCUUGACCACACACCCGCCUACACAAUUACAGGUCGUACGACCAUUGAGCAUAUUAGCCAGACUCCAGCGCCCUGCGACUACAAGCCAGAGAACUACCAGCUCGAUACUACACCAGCCUUCACCUUUGGCAUGAAGCUGAAACGGGAACAUGUCAGUGAUACACCAGCACCCACUGCAUACGAACCGGAAAAGCACAACAACACUCAACACUCUCCAGCAUACACAUUCGGCACUCGACCUGAGAUCAAGGUCUCCACCGAUGCACCCGCUCCCGGUCACUAUCAUCCAGAGCAAUGUAAGCUAGACAGCUCGCCGGCAUACAGCUUUGGUCUUAAGACCUUACCCAUGCCGCCAAUUCCAGAACCUAGAGGCGCUUAUAUUGAAGAUCGCAUAUUGCAAAGACGUGAAAGGCGUUUGGCUAGUCCCGUUCGCAACGCAACCGCAAGCACUUCCACCACCACAACCACAACAGUAGCCACUGAGAAGCGGUCAGUAAAUGACGAUCGAUUGGACAAUGUAAACGGUCAGUUGACAACCACCAGCACCACCGCUGCACCCACCCAGCAUCACCAGCUGCCAACCAACACCGACAAAAUCAAUUCAGCAACAACCACAACAACAACCAAAACAAAGCUCGUGGGCGGCGAUAGGUCGAAAUUGAGUCGCACCAUCACAAUGCACCGCUCGGUUCAGGCACAUGCCAAAGGCGACAAUCUGCAGGUCAUUGCCAGUGGUACGGCAGACGCCAGCACCACGCAGGGUGCAGAGGCAAGCACACGGACGGUGGUGCAAUCGGACGGUGCGAUCGUGACCAGUGGCCAGUUCACGAAAUCGAAUACCAUCAAGUACGCUGUGAGGGCGGGCAGCGUACAACACACGAUCAUCAGCUCCUAAUGUCUACAAGAUACCCACUGUCUUGGGCAGCAGCAAGGAGGGUCAGAUACGUUCAGCCCCAGCAUAUACGAUGGCCGGACGCAUGCG